AGGGCACUGAAUUACAAGAUGUCAGCCUCCAUGUGCAAGAAUUUUUCAUAACACAAGACAAGUAGAUAUUUCGGUCAGUCUACACAUCAUAACCAAACUUUUCCUGUAAAGAUGUUGUUGACAGAAAUCAUAAUGACACUUCCUGCCAGACAAAUGUUCUUUAAAUCUUUACGAAAAUCGCUUACCACUGUGAUGAAACGAUCUAUUGAUCAAGCACCACACUUUCAACCAUGUAAAGAUUGUAGGUACUUCUCCUUGUCAGCAAAGAGGAGAAAAGUACCAGAAAAUCCAAAAGAAUGGCAGACUAAGUUUGAAUCGACUAAUCCAGAAUUUGAUUGGGAUUUUUUAUGUAAUUCUAAAAAUUUAUCUUUUAUUGAGAAUAAUAUCCAGAAUAGAAAAGGUGUUGGAGAUAUUCAAAAAGUGCUAUAUUUGUGGGAUAGAUACAACAAAGAGAUUAUGGUUGCAAAUAAAGAAGUAGUGUGGAAAGAUUUAAUAAAAGCUGCUGCUGAUUUACCAAAUACACAUCAUACAUCAACACCUAUAGGAGAAGAAAGUAAUGCCAGACUAGUAGAAACUGUAGGAAUGUUAAAAGAAUUUGAAUUUCAACCAAAGACGGUUGUUGAAUUAGGUGAAGAUUUACACAUACUUAGAACAGACAAUGUAACGGCAGCAACUGGACAUAGAACCUAUUAUUUUAUGGAUGAUUUAGUUAAUUUAGAAGAUGCAUUAAUACAGUUUACAUUAGAGUAUUUACAACAACAGGGUUUUACAUUAGUCUCUGUACCAGAUCUAAUUUAUUCUCCAGUAAUUGAAGCAUGUGGUUUUAAAACCAGUGGUGAAAGGAAUCAGGUUUAUAAGAUAGAUAAUACAGCCUAUAAUGAUGUUUGUUUAGCUGGAACCUCAGAAAUGUCAUUAGCAGGCUAUAUGGCUGAUGAGUGCUUAACGUCUCAAGAUAUGCCAAAAAAAUUAACAGCUGUUAGUAGAUGUUAUAGAAGAGAAGGGUCUGAUAGUUAUGAAGAAAAGGGUAUUUAUAGAGUUCAUCAAUUUACUAAGAUAGAAAUGUUUGGUGUAACAGAAAAUAAAACUGGUGAAGAAAGUGAUCAACUUUUACAACAUUUCCUACAAAUAGAGAAAAAUCUUUUUACUCAAUUAGGACUUCACUUUAGGAUAUUGGAGAUGCCGACACAGUGUUUAGGAGCUCCAGCUUAUAGAAAAUAUGAUAUGGAAGCCUGGAUGCCAGCUAAACAAUUCUGGGGAGAGAUCUCCAGUGCUUCAAAUUGUACAGAUUAUCAAAGUAGACGUCUAGGAAUAAAAUAUACAGACAAGAAGCAUGAAAAUAGACAUGUCCAUACUAUUAAUGGAACAGCAUGUGCUGUGCCGAGAAUGAUAAUGGCUAUCUUGGAAAACUAUCAACGGAAAGAUGGAAGUGUUGAUAUACCACAAGUUUUACAGCCAUAUAUGGGCAAUAAAACACAGCUACUUACUCCAAGACAUAAGCCUAAUGUACAUUGGGUUAAUUUACACAAAUCAAAAACUAUUAAAAUCCUGAUCCAUUAUCUACCAGUGUUUAGUUUUUGCAAUUUGUUUAAAGGGCCAAUCCCGAUAAUAUUUUGGAGAAUAAAACUGCUUAAUUUUGGGUUAAAAUCCCAUUAAAGCCUCUACCUUAGGGCCGAGCA